AUGUGGGUGGCGGGCGGGUGGGCAGGCGCCCAACCAGCAGCUGCCUGGUGUAUUGUGCAGGUGGGCGACUCUCUCCCUGACAUCAAGCUCGAUCAACUGGAGGAUGGUGAGAUCAAGCAAGUCAGCUUGAAGCAGCUGUUUUCCAACAAGAAGGGAAUUCUGUUUGGCGUUCCUGGCGCAUUUACCCCCGGCUGCAGCAAGACGCACCUGCCUGGGUAUGUGGCGGAUCGUGAGAAGCUGAGGGAGGCGGGGGCAGAGGUGGUGGUGUGCGUGAGCGUGAACGACCCCUUCGUUGUUGGAGCCUGGGGAGAAGCCCACAAUGCAGGCGGCAAGAUAGUCAUGCUGGCGGACACCAGGGUGCGCGGCUUGGGGGCAUCUGGCAUGAACGACGUGGUUGCCUGGCGCUCAUGCUUGCCCACUAGGUCUCAUGGGCGCUGUGCUGCCUUCUCCGCAGUGGUGGAGGAUGGCGUGAUCAAGUCGCUGAACCUGGAGGAGGGGGGCGGCAUGACCUGCUCCCUGUCGAACCAGAUCCUGUCGCAGCUGAAGCAGUGAGUGGCCUCCAGAAUUCUGGUGGCAUGAACGUCACGAGCGGCAGCAGCAGGAGGAGCCAGAGACGUUUGAUCCCAUGCGCCGGCACUGGGGUUUCUGAACAGCAACUGAGGCUUUGUGAUGCCGUUGCUCACCCCCGCUGGCAUCAUUUCGUUCUUGCUUCUGCCUACUUGCUCCCUGUAUCAACUCGGUACCACUUUUGCAUGCAAGGAAAUAUGCGUUGCCUGUUACAUGUAAUGCAGCCUUCUAGUGC